AUGAUAUUUCUAAUAUUAUUACACAUCCAAAUACUAUUUGCAUUUAGGAAACUCAAUAUUACUCAUCCUCAUAGUACCCUUUAUAAAAAUUACAUAAUAUUCAAUCAAGACAAUGAUAUUGCUUAUUCCUAUCUUUAAAAUCCAAAUCACUAUUCAAUUAUAUCUGAAAACAUGACAGAAUUUUGUCUCCAAAAUCAUUUUCUUGCUGUAUGGUAUUAUUCAUAGAAACUAAUUUAGGAAUCAAGAUCUAAUUAUCGUAUAUUCCCUUUAUGAAAAAUAAAAUGAAACCACUAUUAGUAUAACAUAAUCAUUUAAUAUUACUAAUGAUAAUUUCACUAACAUAACUAUCACAUCCUCCUACUUUGUUGCUUAAUAUUAAAACUAGUCUUUAUAUGUCAAGAAUAUAUUAACUCAAAAUACCAAAAUACUUAAUUUUACAUUAGUAAAACCAAAAAAUAAUUCUCAUACAUCGAUUUAAGUUUAUAAUUAUGAUACAAACUUAACAUUUACAUAUUUAAAUACAGAUCAUUAAUUUCAUAUAAUUUAUCUUAAUGAAAACAUUCAUCAACUUGAUGAGAAAGUUUGGUUUAGUACUCAGAAUGGUGUAUUUUCAACAUAAUAUUGGAAUAAUGGAACUGCAGUAUUUAUGAAUUCUCAAUAAAUUAAUUAUACUGUACCAACUAAAGUAUUAUUUUGGUAUCAUGAAGAUUCAAAAAUAAAAAUAAAAUAUCUAUUUUCAAUUUAAGAUGCUUAUGUAUUUGCUAUAUUCACAAAUAAAGGAAUUUGUUAUUAAUAUUAUAGUAAGAGUCUAUAAAUAAAUUAUUAAAAUAUUCUUUGUAUGAAAAUAGAAGAAGAAUAUUAUUAAAUUUAAGAUGUAAAUUUUAAAUAUAGACUCUAAAUUUUACUUAAACAUAAUUAAACAAAUGAAUUGGCAAUAGAUUAUUAUAAUUAAUGUUUAUUAUUUUCAACAGUUCCAGUUGAGAAUUCAUGUUCUUCAUGUUUAUUUGAAAAUUGUUUGAAUGAAUGUCACACAAUUAAAUCAUAUUAAUGUAAUGAUAGUUACAGAAUUAGAGCUAGUUUACCUUUUGUUCUUAUAUGUCUUUGCUUUAUUUGUAUAAUUGUUUCAUUUUUAAUUCAAAUGCUUAAAAUUUUAACAGUUUUCUUAUAAUUUUUAUACUUAUUUAUUAGUUAGCUUUGUUGUAGAUUACCAAAAUAUAUAAUACUUAAAAUUAAAAGAAUAUCAAUAAAAUUACGUAAAAGAAUGACUCCUUUACCAUUAACUAAUAUUUAAACAUGUCCAAUUUGUUUAGGAGAUGUAAUAGAUGCAAAGAUGUUUCCUUGUAAUAGACAUGCAGCUUGUUUUGACUGUUUUUCAUAAUAUGAAGCUACUUUUGUAAAUUAAUAGAUAAAAUGUCCAUAUAGAGAUGAAUGA